AUGCCAGACUGCCCUCUGUUAUCAUUCGGCAAAGGAGAACGCAUGGCUCAUCCAUGGGUUGUCCUUCCUCCAAAACCAACCAACAACGCUGCGCAAGUUCCCAAUUUGGUACCACCUCUUCCUCGUGAUGGCCAUCCGUUCCUAGGCCGAGUAGAAGAGGCAUUUACCCCUUUCGAAAAUCAACGCAAAUCACUUGCCGGCCCUCAUCGUUCUUCGAAAGUUGCUUACCCAUAUCAGAGGGCCUCUCGAGGGCCCGUUGCUUGGACUCACCGGACCACUGGCAACAAAAGUUGCGCGUAUCAAUACUGUCAAGCUUGCUGUCUUGAAUUCGGUUUAACAGCCUGCCUGAAGCACGUCCGUCGCCCGGACCCCCACAUCACACAUUGGCCAGCCAGCGUGACCACGCCCAUUCACCUACCUACCCCCAGCACAUCUCAACCACCGGUACCACUACCGCCCCAGGCAGUGCAGCCACAUGCUGCACCUGCUCGCAUCCAUCAGUGGGCGCAAUCGGCCAACUCGCUUGGACACCGCCUGGGGGUCCAGGCCGUCUCAGCAAUUCAAAUUGAUCGCUGCGAACAAUACGAAGCGAUGGACCGCAGAGCCAACAGAUACGAAGAGAGGAAAGUGGUGACUAUCCACUUAUGGCUUGAUCUCAAGGCCUUCAACACAACCCACGAGGCACCUGCUCGAUCAGACGUUGAAACCUCUCAAGCAGACAGUGGAAGUGGACACAAGGCGUUGCAGCCAGACUCGCUGCAAUCUGACCCCAAUGAAGUCGUCGUGGUGAACGGCAAAGGUUCCCAUUCCCAACCAUAUGUACGCGAAAAAGUUUGCAAGGAGCCCACCCCAACCCCAGUCAGUACACUGCAAUCACAUCAUGCCGAUGAAGAUGAAGACAAAGGAAGCACGGACGACGUGAUAUUUGUGAGCAAAAACUACCGCGCAGAAUCGGAGCUCCCCGAAUUUGAUCCUAUGUAUCGAAGACCGUCGGCAACUACAGGCACUAAAGAAAUCUCGGACAACAUUCCAGACGAAGACAGCUCCCAAACGGCCACUCCGGUGUUGACAAACCCCACCCCUGUAACCGCCAAAAAGAAGGGGUGGCCCUUGUCUUCUUCACUUAUCACCAAACUGCUUGCAUGGUACCGGGAUUGUGAGAUCCGUGCUCCUUUGCAGGCAUGGAAGGAUACCUUUGGUUCCGAGUGGCAUUAUGCCCGUUUGACGGUGUAUAGGUAUAAAAAUUGGAUUGACAGGGUGACGUAUACGCGAUUUGCGGCCAAGUACGUCAGCUUGCCUUGUGCAACAGUGGGGGAAGCACGUGAUGUCUUCAAAAAAGAGUUCAAAGCGGUGUCGUGA